AUGCCUGAAAAUCCUCAAACUUACGGUCUGAAUGUUCGUAAGCGGGAUAAAGUUGCUAUGUUCCUCUUAGGAUCCAUUAACAACCUUCCCUAUGUCAUUGGUAUUGCCAGUGCAAACAGAAUUGUUGGUCAGUAUAAGGAACCAACAUAUUUAGGCCUUUCAUUGGCAGCAAACACCUUGAGUGGACUUUUUGCACGUUUUAUCAAUACAUGGCUAGCAUCAAUAAACGUUCCUUAUGAAGUUAACUUUUCAAUCAACGCAGCAGCUAUGCUUGCUGGCUUGCUUGGCUGCGCAUUUUCAAAGGUUUUAUGGUUAUCACUUAUAUGCGUCUUCCUAUUUGGUUUUUCAUCAUCGUUCGGCGAAUCAGUUUUACUUUGCUACAUUACAAUCAGAAAGAAACAGAAUUUACUUACAUCAUGGAGUUCAGGCACAGGUAUGGCAGGCAUCCUCGGUGCAGGCUAUUCUCUCCUUUGUGCUUCAAUUUCUUUUAAUUACAUGUGGUCGUUUAUCGCUGUUACUCCUAUAGUUUUUAUAUACAUAUACUGCUUCUUUGGCAUUAUUAGACGCUCCCCAGAAGAGACAAUUAAUCAAGAAGCCCUUCUAAAUAACAAUCUUAUCAAUUCAGAAGAAGAAAAAAGACGUAAUGAAUCCGUAAGCUGCUUCAACUUCAAGAUACUCAAACCAGUAUGGUGGUUUAUGUUCAACUGCGGCGCUGUCUACUUCUUGGAGUACGUAAUUCAAAGUUUAUACGUACACUGUUCACAGAAUCCGAAAUCUACACCAAAGACAUAUCUCUACGCUUUACUGAACUUGAUGUACCAGAUUGGCGUUUUCAUUUCUCGUUCUUCCUUGGCAUUAUUCAAGUUCCCAUGGGUUGGAUUGUUGACACUUGGCCAAGCAGUGUUUUUCGCUGUUUGGGCCACACAACCAUAUUUCUACUGGAUGAAACUGUGGAUGAUGAUCAUUUUCAUGAUCUGUGUUGGUUUGUUCGGUGGAUGCUCUUAUGUCAACUCAUUCCACUUGAUCAUGACAAACGAUCAGUUGACAACGAAAGAGAAGGAAAUGGUCACAAGUUGGAACGCGUUCUUCAUCUCUUUGUUCAUCGUGUUUUCUGCAAUUUUCACUUUUGUUUCAGAGCAAACUUACAUGAAGUCAAAGGUUCCACCGUAA